AAAUAAAAUUGAAAUUAUAAGCAAUCACUAAUCAUCAGUAUUCUCAACAAAAUAUUACUCUUUAUUUCUAAAGCCUCAAUUUAAUCAUCCACUUUAAACGAUACCAUAUAUCAUAGUACAUUCAUAAUUUCGAAUGCAAACCGUCUCAGUUUUCUCUGCUAUUGCAAGAAGGUUAGAAGGCAAGGUUGCUCUCAUCACAGGAGGUGCUAGUGGAAUUGGAGAAUACACCGCUAAACUUUUUACAGAAAAUGGUGCCAAGGUUAUGAUUGCUGAUAUCCAAGAUGAUUUGGGCCAAUCCGUUUGUAAGGAUUUAGGCCCAUCAAUGGCGUCAUAUAUCCAUUGCGAUGUCACUAAUGAAGCCCAUGUUCAAAAUGCAGUGGACUCAACUAUGGCCCAACAUGGAAAACUAGACAUCAUGUUCAAUAAUGCAGGAAUAGUAGACAUUCUCAAUCCUAACAUCCUUGAUGUCACACAAUCCGACUUUGAAGAGGUUGUCAAGGUGAAUCUUGUUGGACCAUUUUUGGGCACCAAGCAUGCGGCUCGAGUAAUGAUUCCAGCUCAACAAGGUAGCAUAAUCACGACGGCUAGUAUUUGCUCUAUCAUAGGAGGUAUAGGAACCCAUGCCUACACAAGCUCGAAGCAUGGGGUGUUGGGUCUUACAAGAAAUACUGCUGUGGAACUUGGAAAGUAUGGGAUUAGAGUGAACUGUGUAUCACCACAUUUGGUUCCAACCCCUUUGACAAGAAAAGCUAAUGUAGACGAUGAAACUAUAUCUAAGGUCAACUCUAGUCUUAAAGGGGCUUGGUGUAGAAAGGAGGAUGUUGCUAAUGCGGCUUUAUUUCUUGCAAGUGAUGCUUCAAAGUUUAUUACUGGACAUAAUCUUAUUGUAGAUGGAGGGUUUACCAUCAUGAAUCAAGGAUUUUGUAUGUUUGAAUAAUUUGUGUAAUCAUGACUAAACGCCAAAAUCUAUGGUUAUUUUAAUUAGUAACGAUCUAUAAAAGUUGUAAUUGUUCCUCUGUCCUCAUUUCUGUUUCAGUUACUAAUAAUGUUCAACAAAGAACAGUUUGAUAGUGGCUUUA